AUCAAAGGUCCUUUAUCCACUGUGGUCUGGAACCUCCUGGAGAGUCAGUGCUCCUCCUCUGCCUUUACAUCCACGAGAUAACUGUCCAUUUCUUGAAUGAGGAUGGACAGGGAUAAGAAAACUGAGCGGAUAUUAAACCUGACCCUGGAGAUCAUAUACUUGCUGACUGGAGAGGGCUACACACUAGUGAAGAAAUCUGAUGAGAGUAUGACUUCAGUCUCCAAUCCAAACAUGUCAGGGUAUUGGAGUGAGAGCCAAAGCCACGUCCUAUUGCCUCCACCUCCAUCCCGGAUACACGAGAGAAGCAAAGAGCAGAAAAUCCUAGAGGUCAUCAAUAAGGUCAUUGAGCUGCUGACCGGAGAGGUCCCGGUCAGGUGUCAGGACGUCACUGUCUACCUCUCCAUGGAGGAGUGGGAGUAUUUAGAAGGACACAUGGAUCAGUACAAGGACGUCCUGAUGGAGGACCACCGGCCUCUCACACCACAGGAUGUCAUCCGAAGCCAAGAAUGCAACAAUCUCCUCCCAUCUUCCCCUUGUAAAGAAGAAUGUGAUAUCAUAGAAAUUUGUUAUGAUCCCUUCUCUGCCCCAAAUUCACCUUCAGUGAUCCACAACAGAGACCUUUCUUCUGAUCCCACCACUCUAGAAGAACCUUCAGCUGACCAGUCCCAGUUUCCAUGGUCUGAAGCUGAAAAUGAUUUUACAAAGAAGUCUCAUUUAUCUAUACAGAAGACAAGCCACAAAAACGAGCGAAAAUAUACAUGUUCAGUAUGCGGGAAGUGUUUCACAAAUAAACCAAACUUUGUGGAACAUCAGAGAAUCCACACGGGGGAGCGGCCAUAUUCAUGUCCCGAAUGUGGAAAAUGUUUUACCUGGAGAUCAAAUCUGGGGGAACAUCAGAAGGUCCACACAGGGGUGAAGCCAUAUUCUUGUCUGGAUUGUGGAAAAUGUUUUGCCUCGAAAUCACAUCUCGUGGAACAUCAGAGAAUCCACACUGGGGAGAGGCCGUAUUCGUGUACAGAAUGCGGGAAAAGUUUUGCAAUUCGAUCCAAUCUUGUGGAGCACCAGAAAACUCACAGAGGAGAGAGGCCAUUUUCCUGUUCGCAAUGUGGAAAAUGUUUUGCCCGGAAACCAGAUUUGGUUAGACAUCAGAAAACUCACACCGGGGAGAAGCCAUUUACAUGUUUGGAAUGUGGAAAAUGUUUUUCAAUUAAAUCCAAUCUUAUGGAACAUCAAAAAGUUCACACGGGGGAACGUCCGUAUUCAUGUGAAGAAUGUGGGAGAAGCUUUUCCAAGAAAUCAAACUUAAUUGAACAUCAAAAACUUUACGCCGGCAGAAACCAUUUUAAUACUUUUACUUUAUGAAAAGUUGUACCUUGGGGCCGGAGCAACUACAGAAAUAGAUGCUGUAGAACCUGCCACCUCAAAACCGUAGAGAAUAACACAGACCAAACUGGCAGAUUUUGGGUGGGAUUGGCCAACAGUCCAAUAGAUAGUAUGGUGGCAGCUUGCUAAUUCCCUGAUGGCAGACAUGGAGGGUGAUGAUCAGACGUGGUGGAGUUCAACAUUUCCAGUCCUUUGUCCUCUCGGAAGAUACGUUGCUACCAGAAGUGUCUGGGAGCAGUUAUUAUUCUCUCCAAGUGGACAUUGACAGAGAAAGCUG